AGUUAUUGCCUCGGUGGCGUCAAAUAGUUUUCCACCGAUAUUCUCAUCCCAACAAACAAAUGAUUUCAGGUAGCUAGGAAAUUCGUUUAAAUGUGUUUUACAUUUUCAGUUUGAACUUUAAUGAGUUAUUUAAAUAACGCAUGUCUCAGACAAACUCUUGAGUCUUUUAGAGUGUUUGUUAUCCUAGCUUGUAAAGCUAGCUAACAUUACACUAGCCAUUGUCUUGGGUUGGAAAGUGACGGCAGCUCAAUAGCCCACCAUGUCUGAACCGGGUUCUGGCUGUGGCGUUCCAGUCCAGAGAAGCUCACAGCCUGGUCCAGAGACGGUGUCGGUGAAGCUGGAGGACUGCGGUCAAACACUGGAACUCAAUGAGAGAGCUCCAACUCAGGCUCACUCAGCGAGCCCAGUACCACAGUAUCAGGAAACCAGCAACAACACGAGGGAGGAACUCAAGGCAGAAACAUCACCACUGCUUGGACUGCUUCACUCGUUUCUGUGAUCCAGAGGAGUUGAGACACACUUGUAAAGACCGCAGCCACGGUGUAACAUGUCCUCCCAAACGGAAGACGACUUCCAGCUCCUUCUCACCAAUCCUCCCACCAGUCCUCCCACCAGUCCUCCCAAACGGAAGAAGACUUCCAGCUCCUUCUCACCAGUCCUCCCAAACGGAAGACGACUUCCAGCUCCUUCUCACCAGUCCUCCCAAACGGAAGAAGACUUCCAGCUCCUUCUCACCAAUCCUCCCAAACGGAAGAAUACUUCCAGCUCCUUCUCACCAGUCCUCCCAAACGGAAGAAGACUUCCAGCUCCUUCUCACCAGUCCUCCCAAACGGAAGAAGACUUCCAGCUCCUUCUCACCAGUCCUCCCAAACGGAAGAAGACUUCCAGCUCCUUCUCACCAGUCCUCCCAAACGGAAGAAGACUUCCAGCUCCUUCUCACCAGUCCUCCCAAACGGAAGAAGACUUCCAGCUCCUUCUCACCAGUCCUCCCAAACGGAAGAAGACUUCCAGCUCCUUCUCACCAGUCCUCCCAAACGGAAGAAGACUUCCAGCUCCUUCUCACCAGUCCUCCCAAACGGAAGAAGACUUCCAGCUCCUUCUCACCAGUCCUCCCAAACGGAAGAAGACUUCCAGCUCCUUCUCACCAGUCCUCCCAAACGGAAGAAGACUUCCAGCUCCUUCUCACCAGUCCUCCCAAACGGAAGAAGACUUCCAGCUCCUUCUCACCAAUCCUCUCACCAGUCCUCUCACCAAUCCUCUCACCAAUCCUCUCACCAAUCCUCUCACCAGUCCUUCCACAAUUUUCUUUCAUCAUCGUGUCAGCUAUUGGGGAUCCUAGUAAACAUAAAGAUAUAUCUGAUGUUUAAGUUCGUCUUUGAGGCGAUGUGCGAGGAGGGAGACUCCAGACUCCAGAGGCAUUACGACGCUCACGGCUUCUUUAAGCACCCAAGAGGCUAUGUACAAAACAAACUGUUUGACUGUAUGCACGAGGUGUACAAAGAGGCGAUUACCAAGGAGGUGUGGGCGGCUAGCUUCGUAGCGGUGCAGGUGGACGGCAUGCCGUGGACAGGGGAGGUCUCCUCCGGGGUGAUAUUGCCCCUAGCUACAGAUCUAGGAUCAGCUUCCCCAAUCCCAACUGUGACCAUUAGUGUGGCCCAAGAUCAGCUUCUUGGGCUAACAAUCUACUCCAGUAUGCCACAGCAGGUUUCUGUCGUGCUACGGUACACGCUUCCAGACAAUACUGUCACGGAGAGGUUUUGGGAGUUUGUGGACCUAAAGGAUAAAAUGGCUGCCGGUCUCACCAAGGCAGUCAAGGACUCGCUGGAGCCACUGAAUCUGGAGCACAAGCUGAUUGGUCAGACGUACGACGGGGCUGACGUACCCGACCUGGAAACUCACCUGAAACUCACCUAUCCCAGCGCUACGCAUCACACUCCCGCUACGCAUCACACUCCAGCAGAUCUGCUCGGCGACAGCAACUCAACUCAAAAGUUUUUUUUUGCAGAUUUUUCUUUUGUUUUGAAACUUUCUUCAAAGAUCAGCCAAAAUAGAGCUACAGCUGCAGGGUGGAACUGUAAGCGAGAAACGGUCAGUGUGGUUUGGGAGAAUCGCAUUGCUCUUCUGAAGUGUGUGGAGGAUAUUAGGACACAGCCGAUGUGGGACCAGGACUCUAUCAGAGAGGCUUACGGCCUGUCAGCCAAACUCAGGGACCCCACGUUCCUACAACUACUGCAAUGUUUCUAUUGGGUCAUGCAGGAGGUGGAUGUUCUCACUGUCAACAUACACAGGAGGGAUGUUGUCGUGGCGGACAUCGAACAGGCAGUUGAUAGUUUUCGAGAAGUACGUUCAAGCCCAACAGGGGAGAGCUGAGGCCACAGCAC